AUGGCGGCCACAGCUCCGAGGAAGAGGAGGAGGAGGAAGGGAGUGAGGAAGAGGAGGAGGAGGAGGAGGAGGAAGGUGAGGCCGAAGGGCGGUACCGGCCCGGCUCCGUCUGCCGCUACUGCCGCUACUGCAAGCACUGCCGGCGCUGCUCCCGCUGCCCGUGCACCGAGGGGGACCCCGGGGACCCCUGUCCCCCCUGCCAGGGCUGUCAGCUCUGUUACCUCUGUCCCCUCCUGUGCGACACCGCCUGCCGGCCGGGCAGCCUCGUGGACGAACUCUCGGGAGCGCUGCUGCAGUCACUCGCCAAAUUCUUCGAGCCCCCCGAAGCUUGAGGGGAUUUUGGGGGGGGGGCGAGGGUUGAAGACCCCCCCCACCCCCUCCCCCACCCUGGCGCCCCCUCCCCAAAUUAUUUUGGGGGUGGGGGGGGUGGAAAUAAAAAGCUUGAAAGGACGAACGUUUCAUCAGGUCAGGGACCCUGCGGGGGGGGGGAAAUAA